AUGCCACCUAUUCCACCAGACCCGACUGAAAGUAUAUCUAUUUUCCAUCCUAAGGUAAUACUAUUAUCUGCUGGUGUUACAACAUCAUUAUUUUUUGGAUAUAAAUUUUAUAAACGAUAUAUUAGAAGAAUUAAAACUUAUUUAGAUCUAACCCCCACCAUAAUUGAAAAUAAUACUAAAUUAUAUGGAUAUGUAACUAGAGUUGGUGAUGGUGAUAAUUUUCGAUUUUAUCAUACUCCAGGUGGAUGGAUUUUCGGUUGGGGAUGGCUACGUAAAAUCCCUACCACUAGAAAAGAUUUGAAAGAUGAAACUUUAAUGAUUCGAUUAUGUGGAGUAGAUGCUCCUGAAGGAGCUCAUUUUGGUAAACCAGCUCAACCAUUUUCCAAAGAAGCAUUGCAUUGGUUACGAGAAUAUGUUGAUGGGAAAUAUGUCACUAUAACUCCUUAUUCUAUAGAUCAAUAUAAACGGGUGGUGGCUCGAGCACAAAUUUGGAAAUGGACUGGGAAAAAAGACAUAUCAGCAGAAAUGUUAAAAGUCGGAUAUGCUAUUGUCUAUGAAGGUAAAGCAGAAGCCGAAUUUGGUGAUAAUGAAGAUUGGUAUCGCAAACUAGAGUCACGUGCAAAAUUGUUAAGAAAAGGAGUUUGGUCAUUAGGUAAAAAUUUGACAACUCCUGGAGAAUUCAAACGAAUACAUUAUCGAGGUGAAUAA